GCCUUUCUAACAGCGCGCGGGGCGGAUGGCGUCGUUUAAUGACGUCACGGUCAUUGACAGCGUGGGGCGGCGGCGGCGGCGGCGGCUGCUGCCAUGGUGGUGACCCGCCCGGUGCAUCAUGUCUAGACUGGGGGCUUUGGGCAGCGCCCGUUCCGGGCUGGGACUGUUGCUGGGCACCGCCGCGGGCGUUGGAUUCCUGUGUGCUCUUUACAGUCAGAGGUGGAAACGGACCCGGCACCAUGGCCAGAGCCAGCCCCUGCCCAACAACCUGGACUACACGCAGACUUCAGAGCCGGGACGCCAGGCGAGGCCAUUACAGGCAGUCCCAGGUGAGGCUGGAGAUGCUGCAGUGCUGUCCUGCCUUCCACGAGAGGGGCAGGAGAUGGUGCUGGACCGCCUGGACUUUGUGCUGACCAGUCUGGUGGCACUGCGGCGGGAGGUAGAGGAACUGAGGAGCAGCCUGCAGGGGCUCGCUGGGCAGAUUGUUGGGGAGGUCCGAUCCCACAUGGAAGAGAACCAGAGAGUGGCUCGGCGGCGAAGGUUCCCGUUUGCCCGGGAGAGGAGUGACUCCACUGGCUCCAGCUCCGUCUACUUCACGGCCACCUCGGGAGCCACGUUCACAGAUGCUGAGAGCGAAGGGGGUUAUACAACAGCCAAUGCUGAGUCUGACUAUGAGCGGGACUCUGACAAGGAGAGUGAAGAUGGGGAAGAUGAAGUGAGCUGUGAGACAGUGAAGAUGGGAAGAAAGGAUUCUGUGGACCUGGAGGCAGAGGUGGCUUCAGGCCUGGUGCCCAGAGCCCUGGAGGCCGAAGGUUCCCCUGGCCUGGAGGAUGUGCUGCCCCUCCUGCAGCAGGCGGACGAGCUGCACCAGGGCAGUGAGCAGAACAAGCGGGAGGGCUUCCAGCUGCUGCUCAACAACAAGUUAGCGUAUGGAAGUCGGCAGGACUUUCUCUGGCGCCUGGCCCGGGCCUACAGUGACAUGUGUGAGCUCACAGAGGAGGUGAGCGAGAAGAAGUCAUAUGCCCUAAACGGAAAGGAAGCAGCAGAGGCGGCCCUGGAGAAGGGGGAUGAGAGUGCUGAAUGUCACCAAUGGUAUGCCGUGCUUUGUGGUCAGCUGGCUGAGCAUGAGGGCAUCCAGCGGCGCAUCCAGAGUGGCUUUAGCUUCAAGGAGCAUGUGGACAAAGCCCUUGCUCUUCAGCCAGAAAACCCCAUGGCUCACUUUCUCCUUGGCAGGUGGUGCUACCAGGUUGCUCACCUGAGCUGGCUAGAAAGAAAAACCGCUACAGCCUUGUUUGAAAGCCCUCCCAGUGCUACAGUGCAGGAUGCCCUCCACAGCUUCCUAAAGGCUGAAGAACUACAGCCAGGAUUUUCCAAAGCAGCAAGGGUAUAUAUUUCCAAGUGCUACAGAGAACUAGGAAGAAACUCGGAAGCUAGACAGUGGGUGAAGCUGGCCUUGGAACUGCCAGAUGUCACUAAUGAGGAUUCAGCUUUCCAGAAGGACCUGGAAGAACUGAAAGUAAUUUUAGGAGACUAAUCACAUUUCCAUGACCUUCAUGACUUGAGAAAUACCACUACUUAUUACGGGGGACAAAAAUCAAGUCUGUUUUCCCUUAGACUCUGCUUAGAUCAGGAAACUGAGCAAGACUGGUUAAGGGAGUGUCCUGACUCCUAGAUCUGACCAAUACCUGCUAUCAUUCCCAAUUUCUUGCCUAUUGUCCACUGAUUAAUUUAUUCUAAUCCCUUAACUAAUCUGAAAUUGGGGAAAUACUUGAGGCCUGGGUUUCUGUUCUCUCCCUUAAGUAAAUUCUUGAAAAAUCAAGACUAGUAUGGCACCUGUCCUGGGGUUGAGUACAGGUAGAGAACUGAAGGUUGCCUUCCAACUGCUGGUAAGGUGAAUGAACUUCAAAGCGCUAUAGGAACAAAACACAGAACUUGUACUCUCUAAUCUUUUUCACUGAUUAAUAUUCAACACCAAAGUAUACAGUCCUAAGACCACACCCUACCUACCAGGAUAAAAGGAAGGGUCAGGGCAGUGCAUGGAUAUUGCCCUCUUCUCACCUAUCAUGUGGCUUCUAACUGUAUUCCUGGGCCAAGGGGCUGGACCACUCACUUGACUUCCAGAGUCUUGGCUGCUUUUGGAAUGACAACAGUACAUACGGCUUAUGAGACUGAAUCAAUCUGAAGAGUUGCCUGGAAUAUAUUUUGGUACAAACUUAAAAUAAACCAAAUUUGACUAGAA